AUGAGGGCCCCGGGUGAAGUCGCGCUCUUGCUCACAGCCCGUGGCCGUGGGUAUGGCAACCGGCAGAUGGAGUCGGAGUUCUUUGUACCCAAGGUGCCCGAGCAACCGCAGGACGACAGCCACAGCAGCCGCAUCGAAGAGAUUCGGGAGACGAACACCUGGUUUCUGGAUGGGGUCUACUUCUACGGAGACCGCGCUUGCCAGCUGGGGCGGCGGAUUCUGGGGAGCCUUCAGAGACUACGCCUGCAGGUUGGGGAGGGCAAGGUCCCGGCCGUCCUGGCGCGCCAAAUCCUCGCUUUUCUGAUCGCCUUCGGCUCAGUCCUGGGCGCGGCUCUGGCGUACAGAGCCGUUCGCCGCCACAAGCGCAUUGCUUGGAACCAUUUCCGCCAGCAAGUCCAGUCAUCCCUCGCUCCGGGUGCACAGCUGCCCCGAGCAUCCUUGUGA